GUUUAAAAUAGCAUUAUGUAUAUUACACAUCAUUACGUUUUGAUUUUAUCUUUAUUUCCUUCUAAUCCAUUAUUACUCUGCACAAUCACAUUGUCAAUUAAAAAACCACAGAGGGCGUCACCAGCCGUCAGACUUCGUUUUCAGUGUGUAUAUAAGGAGACCAACACCACGGUAUCUUCACUACAAGGACCAGUCCGAGUCAAAGCCAAACACACGAAAAUGCUGACAUUCGUCUCUCUUGCCUGUAUCGUCGCCUGCGUUUUCGCAGAUUCCACUUAUCCCAAACAUAAUGGAGGAUACUUUCCCAUUAAUGGAGGCGAUUACUACCCAAAGGGAGGCUGUGGUCCAUAUGGAUGUGGGUACAAUGGUUUCCAAGGGGGACUUGUCGGCUCUGGUAAUUUGGGAAGUCUUGGUAUAGGAAAUGGAUUAGUUGGUAAUUUUGGAGGACUUAACACUAGGUUUGGAGGUGUUGGUGGAGGAUCAGCCGCCGCUUCCGCUGCCGCCGCCGGAAAUGCCGCUGCCGCCGCCGCGGCUGCUGCCGCUGGACAAAAUGCCGCCGCCGCCUCAGCUGCCGCUGCUGGUAACUCUGCUGCCGCCUCUGCUGCUGCCGCCUCUGGAUCUGGAGGAUUAAUUGCUCCAUUCAACUACUACCAGCCUGGAUACGGCUACUACCCAGGACAAAUCUACAACAACAUCUACAGCUCCCAGUACUAUCCCUACCACAGCCUCUACAACUCCCAGUACCUUUCCUUCCCCAACCAGUACUACCAGUCAUUACCCUACUACAACACUCCAUACUUCGGUGUUGGAGGAGGAUCUGCCGCCGCUUCAGCUGCCGCUGCUGGAGGUAACGGAGGCGCUGCCGCCAGUGCUGCCGCCGCUAGUGGAGUCAAUGGAUUUAACGGACCAUUCAUCGGGGGACUUAGACCAAUUGGUGGAUCCAUUAGACCAAGAAAGGUUUAUUGAAUAGACUGGAUAUCCAAUGUACCAUAAAGUGUAGUUUGGUUUUGAAUUUCGAAUAUAAGAAAACGAAAAAAAAAACAACAAUAAAAUAAGCUAGAAAACGAA